GUUAAAAGUGAAGUGAAUCCAUGCAUUGAAUACCAAACAGUCAAUGACACAUUGAUCGACAUGGAUCGAGAUGGUACAUGUGGAAGUGGGCCGUGCAAACCGUUCCCAGAAAGUUCUAUACCUUCUUGGUACAGAAUAAAUGGGACUUUAAUAGGCAAUGCUGUGGCAUUGGAAAUUCCAGGCUCUUCUUCGUGUGGUGGAAUUACAAAUAUAUGGAUAAAUGAUCACCUACCUGGACAGAACGAUGGGAUCAAAGGUGUAAUUGCUUGUGGAAGUACCAGUAAAGGAUGCUGUACAAUACGUAAUAGAAUUCGCGUAAGAAAUUGUAAAUACUUCUAUGUUUUUGAAUUCGGUCGGCUAUCACGACGUGAUGCUAAAUACUGCUUCAGUGAGUUCAUAUGUAAAUUAUUGUCAUUGUUAAUAUUUUAUACCCAUGUCGACAAUUUGAAAAACAAAAUACAUAUAUGUGUUGCAGACCAUGCUUUGGGUAGAGCGGGUGUUAUAUAAAACGUAUAC